UACUGAGUAGGAUGUCUCCAUUAGGAUUUAUUCAUUGAAUGCAACAUGAAAAUACGAUGCGCGUGUACCCUCGGACUAAAUUAUAGUAAAUAACUGUCUGAUAUUUAGAUUUGCAACAUAAUAUCUGCGAAAAAUGAAUGGGGAAUGUUGCAAAAUCCUGCUGGUCAGUGCAAAUGUUGGGUCGAUUUUCGAGGAGCCGGAGGUUAUGUUCAAGCCAUGGCUAAAAGCAUUUUUACAGUCUAUUGAUCACCUGCAGCCAGGCCUGGUUGCUGUGCACUGUCAGGAGGUUGGAGGCAAAAACUAUGAGGCAUCCAUGCAGCACGUCAAUCAGUUUGUCAAAAACCUCCUAGCCUGUGAAACUCUGAAGAAAUAUGAUAGGGCAAGAAUAUUUUUAGAUGAAGACUAUACUGCUGCUGAUAAAUUUACAGCCUUGGGGAAUUUGUACUUUGUGCAUGAAUCUAUUGAAGAUGUUCUCAUCUGGGACUUCACAGAAUGCAAGUUUCUACUGGUGGAAGGGAGAGAGGUGCUAUCAGGAAAUAUUGAAAAUAUUGCAGUCAAGGAAAAGGCUAAGUUUCCACAACACUUCUUUCCAGAGUUCAAGUGGUCAAGAAAAGGUUUCCUCAGAACCAGAUGGAGCAUCAACAAUUGUAUUUUUGAUCUGGUCAAUAUUCACCUGUUCCAUGAUGCUUCAAAUAUCAUUGCCAUGCAAUCCAGUCCUUCCGUGUACAGUGGUAACAGACAGCAGGCCUUGUUGCACACACUACAGAGGUUUGAAACUGAUAAAUAUGACAAAGUGCCCCUCAUCAUGUUUGGAGAUUAUAACUUCCGGUUAGAUACGCAUUUAUUAAUACAGGAACUGACCGCAAAAGCUCAGUCCGAGCUGACAAAGGGUAAAAAGGAUCAGGUGAACAAGAUUGUCUACACCGAGGAGGGUAAUGGAAAGAUUGUGUUGACUGUGGAAACUAAAGGCUUUGACUACCAUGAUAAGCACUCUGAUCUCUUCUUCAACUCCACAAAAUGGCUGCACCAGUACGACACCGAGUUCCAGUCGUUUUCUGACAGACUGUAUGAGUACGCGAUCAACUUCCCUCCCAGCUACCCAUUCAGCGAAGACGUCAAUGAUGGCCAGUCCUACAUGAAGACGAGAUGUCCCUCGUGGUGCGACCGAAUUCUGCUGAGUCACAGUGUCAAAGACAUUAUACUCCAGGAUGAUAACCACACACCCCAGUAUAAUAUCAUCGGCAAGGAAGUAUGUAUGGGGGACCACAAGCCAGUGUACCUUUAUAUUCACUUAAAACCAGGCAAAGUGUUAACGCCGAAAGGAGAUUAUACGCAGCUCCCCGGAGCCGGUGAUGUCAUCAUUCCCAGCACGCAGGUGAAGAUCUCCGAGGUCGACACAACACGGUACAUCCACAUCCGGCAAGGCGACAACUCGACGCGCGUGUUCCGCGAGACUUCCGUUUGACAGAGCGUCUCUCGCAUGCUUGACAUCACCACUUUCUGCAGUCUUUCAGUUUUAACACAACUUAACAACAUGGACGGCUUUCUUUGGAGUCACAGAUUUUGUGUGUGCAUGAGUGUGGGUGUGUCUGAAGAGAACUCCCGACUGAUUUACUAGGUGAAAGAAAUGGAAGAAGAGAGGAAGCAUUUUGUAAGGAACUUUUAUCCAACAUAUAUUGUAUAUGUGAUGAGACUGGCUUCUUGUAGGGUUCAUACGGGUGAUGGAAAUCCUGGAAAGUCGUGCAAAAAUCCUGGAAUGUUAUGCAAUUUUGCAAAUAUGGAAUUUGCAAAGGUGGUGUUUCAGGUCUGGAAAAAAUCACAAAAGUUUUAGUUGGAUUGUGGAAACGUUUGGACAUAUGUUGAUAAUUAUCAGAAGAUGUUGGAAAUUUAUGUCAAAAAAUUAUCAAAUAAUUAUAAAAUUGAAAACAAUUUAAAAAACCACAGACCUACACAAAAACAACAACAUUAUAAUAUUAAUAAUGUUGAUGAUUGCAGAAAAAUCCUUGAAUAUCCUUGUUAAAAACCGGUCAUAGAAAAUGCCUUUAAAAAGUCAUAGAAUUUGGCUUGAUAAAGUGUAUGAAGCCUGCUCUUGACUGACUGGAUGACCAAAUGUUAUAACUGGAUCUUUUGACAUGCAAGUUGAAAAGAAAGGAAUGUUUCUAUAGUGACACCUCGGCAUAUCUCAUUUUUAAGCUAUCGCCAGUUGGUGUCUAACAUAUGGUUAGUUCAACAUUUGGUGGAAGGAGGAAUAUCUGCUGCCAUCACAGCCUUCUCUUACUGAUAAAGCAAAUCUCUUAUAAUGCACUGCCCCAUAAACAGGACAGUACAUACCAUGGCUUUUUGUGUAGCAUUCAUAGGGCACUUGUUGGGGGGCAAAAAGUGCUGGAGUUCAUGGCAGUUGAUCUUGCUACUUAUAAAAAAUAUGACAGAAACUGUUUUGUAACUGGAUUCUCGUGGUGCAUAUGUGUUUAUGAGAGAUCACCUGGCUGGCUGGCUGUCGUAAAGUAGGAUUCCAGGCAAGAAAAGUGAUUGUUAUUAAUUAACGUGUUCCUUUGAUAAGCUCAUUUGUUGCAAGUUUGUGAAGAUGAUGACAAUAACCACGAGAGAGGUUGUUGGGGUUUUUUUCUUUGGUCGUGAAAUUUGUUUUUCAAGUGGAGUUAUGAUCUAGUUGCUGCAUCCUUUCCAAGAUAUAUUCGCCGAAAUAAACCUGCACUGGCAUCGUUCUCCAUCCUUAUUACACUUCACAAUCCCGGCUCUUCUUGCUGAAUUAUAAUUAGCUGACCAGUGUCCAUUAAUACCGAUUAGCUGGCCUGUCAUUAUUUGGUGGAACGCUGUUUGUACAACCAACAAACAUCUGUUGGAUUCUGUCAGUGUUUUUCAACUAUUAGAGAGAGAGAAAUCCAUGACACUUGUUUUUACAUUAACAUCGAUGUUUGGUAGUUUCAUCAGUAUUUGCUGAGCAUUGUAAUAACAUCAGUAUACAUACAUGUAUGUAAUGCAUAUUAUAUAUAUAUAUAUAUAUAUAUACUUCAUCUCCUCAUUAUUGUAUUGAAUGUUCUGUAAUAGUGUAUUAUAUGUUAAUUUAAAUUAUUAUUUAACCCCUGUCCACCCCUGCAUGUGUAAGUGGGGAUGGAUAUUGUAAAACUAUCCAAAUGGCAUGUGUUUUUGUUUGUUGUCCACUGGAUGUGUCAUCAGUUCUGAUCUUUUUUAUCAUAGUACUGCCAUGUAGGGAGGAAACUGGUAAAAUUUAGAGCUUACUUAUAGUUUUCUUUAAAAAAAAUAAAAAUAAUAAUGUUGGUGUCCAUGUAUUUUGGCCCAAACUGGUAAAGUUUUGAGGUCAUAAUUUUCUAUUUAAAAAAAAAAGAAGAAAAAAAAGAGAAGAAAUUAAACAUGUGUCUAUGUAUUUUGGCCCAAAUUGUUAAAAUUUUGCAGUCACUCAUAAUGUCCUUUAAAGAAAGAAGAAAAAAUUAAUGUUGGUGUUCAUGUAUUUGGGCCCAAUAUGUGAACAGAUGAAUCUGAGACUUACUGAAGGUUCAACCAAAGAUAAUAGAUGGAAUUGCUCUUUAUGUCAUUUCCUCUUAGACCGAUUUUUGCCAAAGAUCUGCAUGUACAUGUAGUAGUUCAUAGUUUUGCACCAAAUAACUCCCUGUUCUUGAUAUUAAAAACUAGAAGUCACUUUUAUCCAUAGAUGUCUUUUUGAAAUUUAUUUUCCAUUGUAUUUUCAUUUGAUUUUCUUGAGAGAAUAUUUUGUUUGUUGAAUAUUUAUGGUUGACAGCGUGAAAAACUCAACAAAAAUAUAAUUAUAUAUAUAUUCACUCAUAAAUGUUUAUUAUCUCUUCAGAAGCCUGCCACUUUCAAUAGACUGUAGUUUACUGUUAAAAAUUAUAGACAUGUAGUGACUGUCUUAGAAGUCGUAUACUGAAACUGAGCAAGAUUUAACUUGCGGUUAAACUUGUACAAUAGUUCAAAGGUGUUUUAACACUAAUGGCUAUGACAGUUUGCAUCGAUUUAGCACCAGAUUUAUUUUAGUCAAUACAAAAACAUUAGGCAAGAAUUGUUGUAAAAUGAACAUACAAAUAUUCUGUUUAUUAUGACAUUUUGUAUGUUGGAUAAUGAGUAAUCACAGGCGUAGGAAGGAGCCAAAAAAUUGAGGGUGUGUGUACAUACAUACAUACAUACAUACAUACAUACAUACAUACAUACAUACAUACAUACAUACAUACAUACAUACAUACAUACAUACAUGUACAUAACAUGUACAUACAUAUAAAUGUAUAAAUAUGUAAAAACCAUUGCUGCUUUUACAAAGUUAGGGGGCACAUGCCCCCCCCCCCUCCCCCCACUCACUUCCUACGCCAGUGCUAAUAAUUUACUUGUUAUGACAAAUUUGUUUUAAAACUUCUCUUGAGAAUGUCUAUUUUUAUAGUUUUCCACCUGAAUGUGUGUACAAGCUAAAGACAUUUCUGUUUAAAGUAUCCAGUAGUAUUUGUUAAAAGCUGUGUAAAUGUGUCUUUUUUCAUCACUGUAUUAGACUAAUUGUUGUGCUUCAAAGAAUUUCAAUCAAAAUGUUGUACACUAUUGUUAAUUUUCUUUAUAUUUAUUACCUGAAUAAUAUUUUGUAAUUUUAAAAAUCUCAAGAUUUUAAAAUAUUUCAAACCUGUAAGAGUUACAUGAAAGGCAUUGUUACUGAACAUCCAACAGGUACAUGUAGACCGAUGUGCAUGACGAAAUGGUGUGCAACAUACAUGUACAUGCAUCGGCAUUGGUUGACCACCAGAACAUUGAGCUAGGACAUUUUCACAUAAAUACCUACAAAAUUUGAUGUCUUUAUAUUUAUACCCAUUAUGGAGGGAAAUCUACCUAAAAGGUAUAUAUUAAACAGACCCAUAGGAACUGGGGGAGCAGUGUGCUAUGUACUCGAGGACAAAUCUGUAUAAAUAAAGAUAAAAAUAUGGCUGAUCCCCUCCCCCCACUAGAUGUUGUUCCCCCCUCCACUCCAGAUAUCAUUCCUAAGGGUAUAAAAUCUGGUUAAUGUUUGCAGGUGACUUGAGUGAAACAAGGAACCUGCUUACAAAAUUCACCCCAAAACUAGCCAGUUGCUAAACUUUUAUAUAAAGUGGCUACAACUUUUAAUAUUUGGCAAAUAAAAGUUGGUCCAUAUUAGUUGCAUUUUUAUAAUUUACAAACUCUGUUAUCUCCAUAUCAAUCUUAACAGAAGCAGGAUUUAGCUCAGUCUGAUGAGUGAUCACUUGAGGUGCUUGUGUAGCAGGAUCGAACCACCUUGAUGGAUCCAUUCAACUGAUUGGAUUUUUUUUUGUUCCAACCAAUGCACCACAACUGG